CAAGAAUUCAUCGGUACCGGUUGGUUGGUCAAUUCAACCACCGUCGCAACGGCUGGUCAUUGUUUGUAUGACCGCGAGGAUACUGGUGGAUACCUCCACCUCAAGUUGGGUGUCGUUGGGUUUCCCGGCGAUCGCGAUUUCGGCCAGUACCUCUAUGAGCACUGGGAGGAUGUUGAUAUCGACUUGGCAUCAAACGAUGUGCUUCUGAGCUACAAGAUAGAUACUACUGGAGGCCAGUCCGGAUCCCCGAUACUUCGCUCCGAUCUCAAAGCUGUUGGUGUUCAUGUUGCUGGCGGCUACCCGAAUAUUGGGUCUUGCAUUGGACCCGCAGGCAAUCGCUUUGAAGAAUAUAUUCUUGCCUUGGAUGUCAAAGGCGGCAAAUCAUCUUCGAAUGCCUCUGUAGCAAAGGCAGACGAUUCCUUUGCCAGUGUUCCUGGCUUUCAGAUUGUCAGUGUCUCUCCUACUGCCUUCAAGGGCCCGAACGAGAAGGCCAGGCCGAUCACCAACGGCAAUCUCAAUGGUCAUCACUAUGACGACGUCGAGAACGAGGUCGCCAAGACCCCGAAAGGGUCGUCCGAGCUAGAGAAGAUGAUUGAUACCUUGUUCGGCGGCAGCAAGAAGCCAACGCCAAAGGGAAAGAUUGCCACAGGCAAGAUCACGAACCUACCAGAAGUGCUUCGCAUUGAUCGCAACGAGACUGGGGAAGCUACACCACCAUCCAUGGAUAUGGCUGCUAUCAUGAAGAGAGCAGGAGAUCAGAAUGAUCCUCCGGCUGUCAUUCGAGUCAACUUUCCGACUUCCGAAAUGAUGUCCGGGAAGGCUCGGGAGAGCUACGUUUCUGUCAAGGAUAUGAUCGCCUCUUGGUCCGCAUGGGCGACUACCACAUCCGAGAGGCAGGUACAGCUACAGAUCGACAAGAAAGCUCUAUCAGCCGAUGCCAAAGGAGCCUUUGCCCGCAGCUCUCAUCGCGCCAUGGUUUGGGACUGGCUAUUUAGACAGUCAACCUGCGUCAAUGACACAUCCAAGCAGCAGUACUGGAUCAUGCUGACUCGCUACUCGUACGACGAGUACUCCGACUCUGUCGAUGCAUGUAUCCAGGACCUGAAGCGCUACACCGUCGGCAAGAGCAGCUAUGAAGAAGUCAACAUUGAUAUGAUUUUCUCUCAGUACGAGGCAAACUUCAAUCAGAAGAUCUUCGCCAAGAUCCAGGAUGAGAUGGAUGGUAAUCAGGUCGCCAUGGGGGCGGAGCUGAUGAAGAAGUCGAAGAAUGCUGAUUUUGAGAUUCCCGUCUCUGGAUGA